GUGAUUGGCAGUUUCUGGAGAGGCGCCCUUCCCGCCAUAUCCGCCCUUCCCGCCAUAUCCGAGCGGGCGGCGGAGCUCGCAAAGCUUCGGCGGGAAAGCGAGAGAAGGAGCGGGAAAGCGAGAGAGAGAAAGCGGGGGGAAUCAGGCGGGGAGGGGAGAGAGGGAGGGUAGAGGAGACAGAGAGAGGAGGGAGCGAUGAGUUCUUCCAUGAGUGCCGCGUACGCUUUGCGCGAGCUCGCGGCGACUGCGAGCUCUUCCAUAGCUCUUGGCAGGGCUUCUUCUUCUUCUUCUUCCUCGUGUCCGCCAUCGCCAUCGCCAUCACCAUGCUCUCGUCGGGUGUCUUCUUCGUCUACUUGCGUUGCUUGCCAGAAUGUUGAUAGGUCGCUGUCUGCCACGUCAUCCGUGCAAAUCAGACGCUUCAAUGGGCUUCAGCGGGAGUGCCACGUGGCGACAUUGUCCGGCGCGCAGCAGACGGGAUGGAGGGCAAUCCGGCGGUCGGCGAUGGCAGGCCCGAAGGUGACGGCUAUGGUGGCCACAGGAACAGCGGUGGUUGAGGCAGAAGCGCUUGAUACAGCGGAUGCCGCCAAGCCAUCAAAAAAAAUUGUUCUGAAUAAAGGCUGGGUCCUCCCUAGCGACAGGGGGCGUUCAAGGCGUUACCUUGAGACUCAGAGAGUGCGCGUGAGGAAGCAGGAGUACGACCCCAGAACGGCAGUGGCCAUGAUCAAACAGUCUGCAUCGACUAAGUUCGUUGAAUCUGCCGAAGCCCAUUUCAGACUUAACAUAGAUCCCAAGUACUCAGAUCAACAGCUUAGGGCAACGGUUUCUUUGCCGAAGGGCACAGGUCAAACAGUACGGGUGGCAGUUCUCACACAAGGUGAGAAAGCGAUGGAAGCGGACAAAGCAGGUGCGGAUGUGGUCGGUGCUGAUGAUUUGAUUGACAGAAUCCAGGGUGGGUUCAUGGACUUCGACAAACUUAUUGCGACGCCCGACAUGAUGCCGAAGAGCAACAAGCCAUCUGGCGCAAAGGGGCAGUACUGGAAGACCAUCUAUAUUUGUUCGACAAUGGGCCCGUCCAUUCGUGUGAAUAUAAGUCAGCUAAGAGAACUGAAGCUCGCGCAACUCCUGUCAUCAGCAUAGCUCAGCUCAGCUCAGCUCAACUCAGCUCAGCUCAGCCAUCCCUAUUCCUCUUUGUCUCAGCCAUCCCUGUUCCCUACUGUCUUUCCUAUUCCUGUUCCUAUUCCUAUUCCUAUUCCUGUUCCUGUUCCUGAUUCCUAUUCCUAUUCCUGUUCCUGUUCCUAUUCCUGAUUCCUAUUCUCUUUCCUUGUCCUUUCCGUGGUCCUCGUCCUGGUCUCCCGAACGGCGUGGUCGCUGGCUAGGGCAGCGUCUGUACCUCUUUGGUAUCGUCGAGCAUCGCUAGUGAUGCGAUUGAUUCCCUCCUUGGCUGACAUCCUCGUGAGGAGAGGGAGAGGGGGAGUCGAUGUUUCUCAGAUUCAGAUUCGGUGGCGGCUCCGACUGGCGGGAUGGACUAAUUUCCGUCCUGAAUGCGGAUGCAAAAAGGGCCAGAUUCUUCCAGAACGAUUAGUGUGGCCUCUUUUUUCUCAUCUAUUUUUUCGGUUUAUCAGGGACCUGAACCGAGGUCGGUACUGCCACCAUAACUGUUUUCAGGAUGAAGUGGUGUGGAAUUUGGGGCUUGGUGAGAAGUUGAGUACGGCAUUGUAUCAGGUGUGUGUGAUGUCAUUUGUAUUUACUUUUUAGUAUCGACGGCCCCGCCUGUGCCCCUGUGAUAUCAUUUGUAUUUACUAUUUACUUUUUUUCACUAUUUACAGCCGCCUGUGACAACUGUAUGGUAAGCGCUUGAGAAGUUUUGAUGGUCGACAGGGUCCCAGCUGGAGAUGUAACCCCUUGGUGGACGACUUUUUUUUUUUUUAAGCAAGGAACUGCCGACAAUUCAUGUUGGGAAAAAAAAAAGGUUUCCAAAUUUCCACCAAUUUCUUUUAGCAAGGAACUGCCACUUUGUUUGUGUAGCAGGAUGAGUUUGUAUGGAAAUUUGGAAGCUUAUUUUAGUAAUUUUUUAGUAAAUUUUUGCGAACAUG